GAUUACUUGGAGGGGAUUUAAACAGGGAGCAUGGUGGAAAGUGGCACCUGAGGAGGGACAGCUCAGAGAGGAAGGGGACCAGGAGGCUGGGAGACGGCUGGCAUCUUCUCAGAGAGGAACAGACAGCUGGAACUUGGAACAGGAGAGCUGUCAGGAGACACUACAUGAGAGACGCUAUAACACAGAGAGAGAGAGAGAGAGAGAGCAGGUCCUGAAACUUGGGAGCAGCUCGAUGGUGCAACUUCAGAGCAGAGAGAUAGCAGGGUGCUGAGACUGAGAUAGCAGGGUGCUGAGACUGAGAUAGCAGGGUGCUGAGACUGAGAUAGCAGGGUGCUGAGACCUCAAAGCAGAGAUAGCAGGGUGCUGAGACAUGAGACCAUAGGUAAGAGGGUGCUGAGGAUGAGAUAGCAGGGUGCUGAGACUGAGAGCAGAGAUAGCAGGGUGCUGAGACUGAGAGCAGAGAUAGCAGGGUGCUGAGACUUGAGAGCAGAGAUAGCAGGGUGCUGAUAGCAGAGAUAGCAGGGUGCUGAGACUUGAGAGCAGAGAUAGCAGGGUGCUGAUAGCAGAGAUAGCAGGGUGCUGAGACUUGAGAGCAGAGAUAGCAGGGUGCUGAUAGCAGAGAUAGCAGGGUGCUGAGACUUGAGAGCAGAGAUAGCAGUGUGCUGAUAGCAGAGAUAGCAGGGUGCUGAGACUUGAGAGCAGAGAUAGCAGUGUGCUGAUAGCAGAGAUAGCAGGGUGCUGAGACUUGAGAGCAGAGAUAGCAGUGUGCUGAUAGCAGAGAUAGCAGGGUGCUGACACUUGAGAGCAGAGAUAGCAGAGUUCUGAGACUGAGAGCAGAGAUAGCAGGGUGCUGAGAGCAGAGGUAACAGAGUUCUGGGACUUGGCAGUAGUGUUAACAGGGUGCUGAGACUUGGUUAAACUGAUAGCAGGUGUUGAGAAUUGGGAGCAGAGAUAACACGGUGCUCAGACUUGGGACCAGAUAUAGCAGGGUGCUGAGAGCAGAGAUAGCAGAGUCCUUGGACCUGGCAGUAGUGCUAACAGGGUGCUGAGGCUUGGUAUUAGUGAUUACAGGGUGCAGUAAGUUGGAACAGAUCAUAAAGCAGGGGGAGCUGUGAGGAAAUCCACCUGGACGCACUUUUAUCCCAGUACUGAGAGGAGUGCCAUCUGGGAGCAGACACCAAGGUGUCAAGGCAGCUACUACUAGCAGAAUCCAACCAGGAACCACAGAUGGCUUCUGUCACAGAUGGACGAUAUGGACACAAAGAUGCUUCAGACCAGAACUUCGAUUACAUGUUUAAACUUCUCAUCAUUGGCAAUAGCAGUGUAGGCAAGACCUCGUUCCUUUUCCGCUACGCUGAUGACACCUUCACGUCAGCUUUCGUCAGUACAGUGGGAAUAGACUUCAAAGUGAAAACCGUUUAUCGAAAUGACAAAAGGGUGAAGCUGCAGAUCUGGGACACAGCGGGACAGGAAAGGUACCGGACCAUCACAACAGCUUAUUAUCGAGGAGCUAUGGGAUUUAUUCUAAUGUACGAUAUUACAAAUGAGGCUUCAUAUACUGCUGUCCAAGACUGGGCCACCCAGAUAAAGACGUAUUCCUGGGACAACGCGCAGGUCAUUCUGGUUGGGAAUAAAUGUGACAUGGAAGAUGAGCGAAUUGUUCCAUCGGAGAAGGGGAUGCAGCUGGCCGAUCAGCUGGGUUUUGAAUUUUUCGAAGCUAGCGCAAAGGAGAACAUACAGGUUAAGCAAGUUUUUGAGCGUCUGGUGGACAUAAUCUGCGACAAGAUGUCAGAGAGCCUGGACGCUGAGAACUCAGCAGCCAGUGGGGGUAAAAACAUGCGAUUUACGGAUUCCACUCCCCCCACCCAACAAAAAUGUACAUGCUGACCUCAUUGUAAAUCGCUGUGGGCUACACAUUGCCAGUCUCACUCCAAGCUACGUCACCUCUUUUUGUGGUUGUGUUUUUUUUUUUUUUUAAGUCAUAAAUUUGGUAAUAAGCAGUCAAUCCUGUGGUAAAACAAAACAAAAAACAACAACUAAUAAAUACAUUUGCAUCGUCUGUUCUAAUUCUAAGUGCUGGACUUUGUAUACAUCUGGUUUCUUUUGAGGUCAACUUCACCAUUUGGAGCCAUUUUGGCAAAUAAAAUGCAUAAAUCAUGUGAUCACCUAAAGCUUAAUGCCCCUACAGUGGAAUAAAAUGGCUGUGUCGUGUCUGUUUACUAAAGCGGUAAUUGUGGGGAACGUAUCAUUUCAGGAAGUAAUGUCCGGAUUGGCUAAUUAGAGGGAGUUAAGAAUUCAUAUAUUUUGGCCUAACCUUUGUUAGUUCCCCUCAUUUCCUGGUUUAGGAAGGAACCCCCAUGUGUGUUAAUUGUGUUUUACUUGUGACCCAGGUUUAGUCUUGGUUUUAUGAAAUUGUGGAUUUUGUUCUUAUAAUCAAGUCUUAUAUAUAAAUAUAUAUGUUCAUAUUCUAUAUUCGAAUGUCACGGUAGAAAUGUAAAUAUAUAAAUAUAUGGAUGUAGUAAUGUUAUGGACAAUAAAAGUGUUUGUUGAUAUAAAUAUACACAGGUGACAUGUUUUCCAUUUGAA